CACAGCAGACUUGACCACAGGUGUGAUGUGUGGUGUAACCAAGAAGGGCUGAGUGUUAUCAGCAGCAGCGGUCACCAACAUCGGAUUGAAGUGGAGUGACCUGGAUGUGAAACUGGAAUAAUAAAGGCCGUAUCUCUCUUUAUUUUGAGCCUUGCCAUAUAAACAGGGGAUGGUCGCAGCGGCAGCAGCGGGGUAGCUAGCCAACUUUAUCAGCUGGCAAUUUCGCUCAUAUUUUCUCUCGUCGAGGAAAUUUACCAUUGUGUUGUGUGGGGAAAAUGUGCAGGUGUGCAUUGUUAGCUGUGUGAAGUAUUUUUUUCCUGCAUGGUGCAUAAUGAAGCACAGGUGCCGACAGGAGCAGGAAACAAUGUUGUUAUUAGCCAGCUAGCUAACGUUAGCCCCGUUAGCUGUUACCAGAUCAAAUUAGUGGGCUGAGUUAGCCAGACUAACUCAGCCCACUAAUUUAAAUAGACACACACAACAUACUAGUUUGUUGACUGUCUAACGUUAGCUUUUUUGGAUAUAUUUGCUUACUGACAAGUUUUGCCGGUGAAACAUUUUCCGUUUUCUACUGUGUUAAGUGAGCUAGCUGCCCAGCCAGCUGUGCCGAUCAGCACUGAAGCUGCGGUUGCUGUGGUGUCUCUGUCAUCUGUUGUCUUAUUGCAAACAUACUGUAGCUUUACUGUCGCUUUAACUGUCAAGCGGACGACAACCAUGGCUCAAGAAGCGUUUCCUCUGCAUGCUCUGGUCUGGAACAAUCAGUAUCUGGAGCUAGACAGAGAGCUGCAGAAGAAAGAGCAGGAUGUGGAGCGCCUGGAUCCGAGAGGGCGCAGUCCACUGGAGCUAGCUGUGUGUCUGGGCCACCUAGAGUCAACCCGAGUGCUGCUCAGACACUCUUCAGACCCGACACAUUGCAACGCACAGGGCUGGACCAUUUUGCAGGAGGCAGUGAGCACUGGGGACCCUGAGCUUGUUCAGCUGGUGCUUCAGUACAGAGAUUUCAAGCGUGCCACUGAGAGACUGGCAGGCAUCCCAGAACUGCUCAGCAAACUAAGACAGGCGCGGGACUUCUACGUGGAAAUGAAGUGGGAGUUCACUAGUUGGGUUCCCUUGGUGUCUAAAGUAUGUCCCAGUGACGUCUACCGGGUGUGGAAGAGUGGCUCGUGUCUACGUGUGGACACUACCCUCCUGGGCUUCGAACACAUGACCUGGCUGAAAGGACGACGCAGCUAUAUCUUCAAAGGCGGGGAUGAUGGAGCUGUGGUGAUGGAAGUGGACCAUGAGAAGCAGGUGGUGUACACAGAGCCUCUUGUGUUGUCCCCUCGUGACGCGCCCUCCCUGCUGGCAGCCAUGCAGCCGUCACAGGAGAACACGGCCCAGAGAAUCACAUCACCCAUCGUCUCCACACAUCUCAACACACGCAACAUUGCCUUCGAACGGAAUAAGUCGGGAAUCUGGGGAUGGCGCUCUGAGAAGAGUGAGGUGGUCAGUGGAUAUGAAGCCAAGGUUUACAGUGCUACCAAUGUGGAGCUGGUGACUCGGUCAAGGACAGAGCAUCUAUCAGACCAGGACAAGUCAAGGAGCAAAGGCUCAAAGACUCCUCUGCAGUCCUUCCUGGGAAUUGCUGAGCAGCAUACAGCUCACAAUGGGAGUAAUGUGUCCCAGUGUGCCAGCCCUCACAACCCCACAGCCAUCACAGCGGAGGAAUACUUCAACCCAGAGUUUAACCUGAACGGCCGGGACAUCGGACGUCCUGUCGAGCUGACCAGCAAAGUCCAGAGGUUUAAAGCGACCCUGUGGUUGAGUGAAUCUCACCCUCUGUCCCUGGCCGAGCAGGUGACGCCCAUCAUCGACCUCAUGGCCAUCUCCAAUGCCCAUUUUGCAAAACUGCGUGAUUUCAUUACUUUGCGCUUGCCACCAGGCUUCCCGGUCAAGAUAGAGAUUCCUUUGUUUCACGUGUUGAACGCCAGAGUGACCUUCAGUAACCUCUGCGGCUGUGACGAGCCGGUUAGCUCGGUGACGGUUCACAAUCCGGAGGGCUCUGAAGAAACCGGUCAGUGUCCCUCCGCUCCCUUCCACUGUGAGGUGGACCCCUCGGUGUUUGAGCCCCCGCCAGACUACACUACUCUUGGUCCGGGCCGCAGUGAACCAAUGAGGGACGAGGAUGACAACUUGUUGCAGUUCGCCAUCCAGCAGAGCCUUCUGGACGCUGGCACAGAGAGUGACCAGGUGACCAUCUGGGAGGCUCUGACCAACAGCCGUCCGGUGCCCCAGUCUCCACUGUAUGAGGAAGACUCUCAGCUGGAGAGGGCAAUCCAGGAGUCCCUGUCCAUCUCACUGGCCAGCAGAGAGGGAGACGACAUGUCCGACCCCAUUCAGCCCUCCUCUGUCUCCCCGUUGGACCCUGGUGCCAAUUCCCCGCUCUCUUACAACACAGCCACGGAUCCACGGUUAUCGGGGCAAUUCGGUGUGGCAAGCAACUUCGACGAGCAGUUGCGUAUGGCCAUGGAGAUGUCAUGCCGGGAACAGGAGGAGAUAGACAGGAAGCAUAAGGAGGAAGAGGAUGAGCUGGAGAGGAUCCUGCAGCUGUCACUCACCGAGAAGUAAUGUCACGUCAACGGCGACGGAGGAGGGUCUUCAAUGGGCAACAAUCCUCUUAAUUUAUUCAGUUUUUAUUUUUUAAAUCCAGAGAUAUUAAGUUAUUACAGAUGUUUUAUUUAUCUCUUUCUCAUAUGAAGGCUGCUACAAGAGAGUGUAUAGGACCAAAAGAAACAAUGUGAGUGUGAGUGAAACAGGUGGGAGGGGUAAGGAAAGGGGGGAACAGGUACUCUGAAACACACUACAGUGAAGGAGGAGACAAAAGGGAGAGUCUUUGUUUUUCAUUUUUUAUUGAAUAUUUUUCACAGUCUUGCUGUCUUUAUUGAGUGAUGAAUGAUCCUUAAACUUUAAACCUAUUAUAUGAUACUGAUGAAAAAUUAAAAAAUACAAUCUUAAUGGAAUAACUUACAGAAAUAUGAUUAUAACAUUUGAAACAUUUAUGUUGGCUUACUCCUAUGUGUGGAAAAAUAAAGAAUAAUGAUCCUC